AUGGGAAAAUUCCCAAAUAUAGUAGUGUUAUCACAUAGUAAAGACAAAGCUCAAAUUUUCAUAAAAUAUUUAUUAACAAAAUUUGAAGUUAUAGAUCAUUAUAGUGAUGAACAAUGGAACAAAGUUUUAUGUGGGAAUAAAGAAACAGAUGAUAAUUUAAAAGAUUUUAUUUUUAAAAAAGAAGCAAAAAUACAAAUUGUUAAUAAAUAUUAUCAAGCACAAGUUAUAAUAUUAUCAUGUAUUCCAUAUACCUUAGAAAGUGAAAAACAAAAUGAAGAUACAAUAAAAGAUCAAAUAGUUAACAAUAACCUUUUUAGUGAUAAUAAUAAAUAUCAAAAUUUAAACUUAAAUUGUGAAAGUAUUAUUUUUUUAUUUGAAGAAUUUAAUGAAGAUACUAAAAAAAUAAUAAAUAAUAAUCCGUUUAUAAAUUUCGAAGAAAAAUGUAAUGAAUAUAUAAAAGAUACAAAAAGUGGUAAAAUUAUAAAAAAUUAUGAUUUUGAUUUUUCUAAUUUAUAUAAAGAUAUAGGAGUUAAAAUUGCUAUUUUUCCAUUGUUAUUACAAAAAAAAGAAAGAGAAAUACUUAAAUUUUGUACAGAAUAUUUUAUCGAAUGUUUGUAUAUAGAAUAUGAGUCUAACAAUAGUGAUAAACCGAGCCUCAAUGGAAAUAAUAAAAUUAUGAAUCAAACUCAAAAUAAAAUUAAAAAUUUUAAUGAAUUUGAUGAUGAUGAUGCCGAAAGAUUGAUUGAAGCUUUACAUUGUCAUAUGUGGAAAGGGUUGCAAUUAAAAAAAGAAAAGAUAAUUAUUCCAAAAGAUAUAAAAAUGGAAAAUAACACAAACACUCCAUAUAGUGAAAAUACAAAAAAAAUUGACGAAAGUCAAGAUAUUUCAUUGAGUAAAGAAAAAUCACUCAUAUUAAAAAACAAUGAACAAAAAGAAGACUCAAAGAAUUCAGAAGAAAAGUUGGAGAAAAAAGUGAAUCAAAAAAAAAGUAAUGAACCUGAAAAAAUUAAUAAUAGCGAUACACAUAACAGAAAAGAUGAUAAAUUCAUGGAAAAUUUUAAUCAAAUUGUUGAAAAAAUUAAGUUAGCUAAAAUUGAAAAUCAAAAAUGUAAUAAUGAUUCAGAAAGGAGAAAAAAAGCCGAAAAUAUUGUUUUAGAAUUGCAACAAUAUUUUUAUGGUAUGGAUGAAGAAUAA